AUGGGUUUUGUGCCACCACCAUUCAUCACUCAUGACCGCGAUUUCCGUGCGACGGGAGAUUACAUCAACAGUUCAGGAGAUCAAGACAGCCAUCCAGUAGCGUGGAAAGUACCCGAGUUAGUAUCAGCACACCGAAAGGUCAAGCCAUACAUAGUUUACAGGCCUGUUCCAGAGUUUCUCGCUGCAAACCAGCUACUCAAAGUUCCGAACCAGCUGAAGCGAUUGAAGGUCAGGGAAGAGUUCUCGUCGGAUCUGCCUCCAUUGACGAUAAACCUUGUCAAGUCAGUGUACCUGCUACAGAGAGCAAUCGAGCCUAGGGAAUUUUCUCGCAUACAACCAUCGUAUCUCACCAGAUAUUCUGGUUCAAGCCAUGAGCGUACGCACCACCGUCGUGCCGUCAGCGCGUACGUGUCGAAUUCAGAGCGGGAAAUUCUUGAACGCAUGCGAAAUGUAACUUCCAGCAUGAUUGCAGAGGGGAUUUACACAGACGAGUUCAGAGAAAUUUCUUCAUUACGUGUAGAGCAGGCUUUGGACGGCCGUCGACUUUGGAUUUGUGAUGGACAACAGUGUUCGUCUAAUGCGCAGGAGGAGCAAGCCCGAAAUGACGUCCGUCAAAUGAUAAAAUGGGACUUUGGGUUUGCGGCAGCUGAUUACUUCAACCUUUGCAUUCAGAGAAUCGGGAUCCAGGUAUUUUUUUCCGAUGAUGAAGACGAAGAUAACGAAAGUUUGGACAGCCACACAUCGGUGAAUGAAGAGCGUGAACGUUGGGAGGAUCAUGACGCGGUCGAUUCUGACCAUGAGCAGGCAAGAAGUAUAUGCAAAGGUGGAUGGCGCCAGUUGGUGGCCAACUGGAACAUGGCUCCAUACUCAUACAGCAACUUGAAAGUCAUCUCAAAGGAUGCAGGGCGCCUUCCAGCGACGGAGAUGUUCGACCCUGGCAGAAACAGGGAGCUCUGA